CCCCCACCCCCCCCCCCCCCCACCCCCCCCCCCCCCCACCCCCCCCCCCCCCCACCCCCCCCCCCCCCCACCCCCCCCCCCCCCCACCCCCCCCCCCCCCCACCCCCCCCCCCCCCCACCCCCCCCCCCCCCCACCCCCCCCCCCCCCCACCCCCCCCCCCCCCCACCCCCCCCCCCCCCCACCCCCCCCCCCCCCCACCCCCCCCCCCCCCCACCCCCCCCCCCCCCCACCCCCCCCCCCCCCCACCCCCCCCCCCCCCCACCCCCCCCCCCCCCCACCCCCCCCCCCCCCCACCCCCCCCCCCCCCCACCCCCCCCCCCCCCCACCCCCCCCCCCCCCCACCCCCCCCCCCCCCCACCCCCCCCCCCCCCCACCCCCCCCCCCCCCCACCCCCCCCCCCCCCCACCCCCCCCCCCCCCCACCCCCCCCCCCCCCCACCCCCCCCCCCCCCCACCCCCCCCCCCCCCCACCCCCCCCCCCCCCCACCCCCCCCCCCCCCCACCCCCCCCCCCCCCCACCCCCCCCCCCCCCCACCCCCCCCCCCCCCCACCCCCCCCCCCCCCCACCCCCCCCCCCCCCCACCCCCCCCCCCCCCCACCCCCCCCCCCCCCCACCCCCCCCCCCCCCCACCCCCCCCCCCCCCCACCCCCCCCCCCCCCCACCCCCCCCCCCCCCCACCCCCCCCCCCCCCCACCCCCCCCCCCCCCCACCCCCCCCCCCCCCCACCCCCCCCCCCCCCCACCCCCCCCCCCCCCCACCCCCCCCCCCCCCCACCCCCCCCCCCCCCCACCCCCCCCCCCCCCCACCCCCCCCCCCCCCCACCCCCCCCCCCCCCCACCCCCCCCCCCCCCCACCCCCCCCCCCCCCCACCCCCCCCCCCCCCCACCCCCCCCCCCCCCCACCCCCCCCCCCCCCCACCCCCCCCCCCCCCCACCCCCCCCCCCCCCCACCCCCCCCCCCCCCCACCCCCCCCCCCCCCCACCCCCCCCCCCCCCCACCCCCCCCCCCCCCCACCCCCCCCCCCCCCCACCCCCCCCCCCCCCCACCCCCCCCCCCCCCCACCCCCCCCCCCCCCCACCCCCCCCCCCCCCCACCCCCCCCCCCCCCCACCCCCCCACCCCCCCCCCCCCCCACCCCCCCCCCCCCCCACCCCCCCCCCCCCCCACCCCCCCCCCCCCCCACCCCCCCCCCCCCCCACCCCCCCCCCCCCCCACCCCCCCCCCCCCCCACCCCCCCCCCCCCCCACCCCCCCCCCCCCCCACCCCCCCCCCCCCCCACCCCCCCCCCCCCCCACCCCCCCCCCCCCCCACCCCCCCCCCCCCCCACCCCCCCCCCCCCCCACCCCCCCCCCCCCCCACCCCCCCCCCCCCCCACCCCCCCCCCCCCCCACCCCCCCCCCCCCCCACCCCCCCCCCCCCCCACCCCCCCCCCCCCCCACCCCCCCCCCCCCCCACCCCCCCCCCCCCCCACCCCCCCCCCCCCCCACCCCCCCCCCCCCCCACCCCCCCCCCCCCCCACCCCCCCCCCCCCCCACCCCCCCCCCCCCCCACCCCCCCCCCCCCCCACCCCCCCCCCCCCCCACCCCCCCCCCCCCCCACCCCCCCGGAGUCUACCGCCGGCAUCUUCGCCCUGUGGUCAUUUUGCUAAUGGACUGUGGGUAA